GAGGAACUUUGAAAGACCUUAGGAAAUCCAGGUGAAUUAUUGUUCAAUACAUUUUCUUUUUAAAUACAAACUCUAUUUAAACCCUAAAUAUAAAGGAAUGACAGGUGACUCGAGACUUUUGCACAGACCUGUAUAUUCAGCAAUGCUCCAUCCGUGCAGGUGGAGAAGACAGCAGCCACCUUUCCAAGGGCACAGACAGGCGCGCCUGUUUUAUAUUACUGCUUAUCCGGAUGACGGCUGUUUCACCAGGAUGGCACGAGAGCUAAAGUUAAGUGAUCACCCCGCCCUGUCAAGCUGGCGGGGUUAGGCACAACGCGCGCUCUGUUAGUGUGUCACGUGACCGGGGGAAAAGAAGAAAAAAGAAAGAGGCGAGGAAGAGAGAAAGGGAAAAGCAAAAAAAGGAAAAAAAACUGUGGGACUAUCCGCUUGGAAGAAGAGGGAGGUUUUCUGUUUACGCGCAGUAUUUAGUCGAGAAGGGCGAAGAAGUCAGAAGAAGUGGGAGACUGUUCAGUUAAGAGCUCCAGAUGUGAUGGGAGGACGGACGUGGAUGUCGGCUGGAUAUGAGACAAGCACGUAAAUAAAUCUGAAACGGAGGAGGGGAGAAGAUGAAGCUGAACGAGCGCAGCGUGGCGCACUACGCCACCUGUGAUUCACCACCAGACAAGACGGGCUUCCUGUUCAAAAAGGGGGAGCGCAACACUGCUUAUCACCGCCGUUGGUUUGUCCUGAAGGGUAACAUGCUCUUCUACUUCGAAGAGCGCGACAGCCGAGAGCCCAUUGGCGUCAUCGUUCUUGAAGGAUGCACCGUGGAGCUGUGUGAGUCGACCGAGGAGUUCGCCUUUGCCAUCAAGUUUGAUUGCGCCAAAGCUCGUGUGUACAAGAUGGCUGCUGAGAACCAAGCAGCCAUGGAGUCCUGGGUGAAAGCGCUGUCAAGGGCCAGCUUUGACUACAUGAGGCUGGUGGUGAAAGAGCUGGAGAGGCAGCUGGAGGAGAUCCAGGAGGCUGCCGGAGGCAGCUUUGUUGGGGCUGGAGUUGGAAACCUGCAGGGCAGGCCCAAGUCCUCAAAGCGAAACCAUAUGGGACGGUCCAGGUCUGGAGCAUCUUCUUCUUCAUCUUCCUCGUCCUCCAUAUCAUCGUCAUCAUCAAGUGUCCCUCCCAUGUCAGCCUCCUUCUCUGCCCAGAAGAACCAACAGGAUGAGCUGCAGCUCAUCUCUGGGCCCUCCAAGGAGAAUGGUGUUGCAUGGAGUAAACCACCAGCUGCCUUGGCUAACGGCUUUGUGGAGGGAGCUUCAUCCUGUGCGGUAUGGGAAAGCUCCGGGGACCCUGCAAAUGUCACUGGAUACGGAGCUGAUGGAGCGAGGGCUCCGCCUGUGCCUCCCCGGAGAAAAGGUGCAUCUCUGGAAAGCCCCGUAUGCCCUGGAACCGGCUGCUUCUCCAAACUCCAUGACUGGUACGGCAAAGAGGUGGAGGAACUGAGAGUGCAGUGGCUUCAGAGCCAGUAAGCUUACUGAGGUAGAUCGCCUCUUUUUCCACAGUAUAUCAUUCCUUCCUGAUCAUUCUGCAGUGCUUCACCUAUCUGAACCCAGCAAUAGAGUGAAGUGACUGAAUGGAGACUUAACUGCAGUCUUAACUAAUGGCAAAUGAAGGAAAAAAAGCAUUUGAGAUUAUUUUAAAAUCCUGUCAGAGGGGAAAAACUGCCAUAAAUGUUAACACUAUCCUUUGUAUAAGCCAAAAAACACAAAAUAUGCUCUUUGUCCACAAACCGAGUUAUAUUUGCCAAUUGCAAUUUUAAAAUCAUAAUUCUUGUAUUACAAUCAUCAGUUUUUCAAAAAUGAUGCAAUGAGUUUAGCCUUGAUUGAUCCUUUAUUAGAUACAAAUAAAAUAAUGCAGCUUUAUAUUUGCUGUGACCUUUUUCCCUUAAUAAGAACCAUGACGUUUCUCAUUCCUUCCUUAUCAUUCUGCAGAGAUUGUACAUGCAAAUUACUUUUCUAAUCAUGUGGACAUUGCAAAAAACAACAGGUAACUGAUAAGGUCACAACAGGAAAGUCUUUUUAUAAGGAAAAGGAAAAGCAUGAGGUGAUUUCUGUUGUGUAAUAACAAUCUGGAGACGUUGCACAAGACAAAUCCACAGAGUUUGAAGUUGUUAUGUCACAUUAACCACGUUAUAGUGCAAAGACAAUUCUGCAGCUUUAUGAUUGAAGUCCCAGUUUUGUGCUGUCCAGCUUUCACCCCUUUUGGUGAUGCAACUUUUCAAAGCUGCUGGACUGUUUUUGAAUCGUGUUCAACCUAAUGAAUUGAGGUCCAGGACAGUUUUCAUAUUUCAAGUUAUAUAUUCAGGAUUUUCUGUUUUGGUCAAACUGCCGUAACGCUGAGAUACUUCACUAUAGUAAGGUGCAGGUGUAUGUACUGUGUAUGGCCAUCGCCAGUAUUUUUAUUGAUCUGGGUGACCUGGCCCUUCAAAUCUUUAAAUAACCGAGGGUGAGAAGUGCCACAGUCUACUUGAGGUCCAAUAUUACCUCAGAUAUUUCGUUGUCAUUCUUGAAACAGGCAAAAUUCCUCUAACCACAACAAUAUAAGGUACAAAAAAUGUGUUUUCAUUUCAUUACUAGGCUACUUAUUUCCAUAUUAUGCACUAAUGAUUAAAGAGGUCAUGUCCUCUAUAGUAGUUGGGAUCAAUGCAUAUAACUUUGAUACAGUAAUCACUUCUGCAGAUAUUGACUGACUCUGUCUGCUUCAAACUUCCUUUUACUGAAAGCUUUUAUGAAUGUCUUUAAUAUUCUGUUCAUUUCCACAUUUUUAUGCUUUCUGUUUAAUUUGUUUCUGCGAAGCACUUUGUAUCUUUGUUUAAAAAAGUGCUGCAUAAAUAAACUUUAUUAUACAUAUUACAGUUUCUCUGAAUUUCUUUAGGAUAUUUUUGUCUAAACAUUUAACCGUUUUCACCUAAUUAGACAUAAUUUGUAAAUGUGAGUCAGUCUGUUUUCGCACACAGUUGCACAUUUUGUUUGCUUGUGCGUGUCAGCCGUUUUGCUAGGCACGCUCUUUAACAUAAGUAUCUGAUCAGUCAAUUGCAUGGCAGCAACUCAAAGCAUUUAGUCACGUAGACAUGGUCAAGGCAACCUCAUGAAGUUCAAACUGAGCAUGGUUGAUCUGGGAUUUCCCCCACACUAUCUUUAGGGUUUAAAGAGGCUGGUGAGAAAAAGGAUGCGUCCAGUGAGCAGCAGGUCUUUGGGUAGAAAUUCCUUGCUCAUUUCAGAGUUCAGAGGAGAAUGGGAAGGCAACAGGAAUUCAAUAAACCACUUUUUACAUCCAAGGUACGCAGAAAAGAAUAUCUGAAUGCAGAACACAUCUAACCCUAAAGCAGAUGGGUUACAGCAGCAGCAGACCAUGCCGAGUGCCACUCCUGACAACUAAGAAUAGGUGAUUAUUAACUAUGAUAGCUGUAAUAACUAUCAGACUAAUUCACCUAAUUUGGAAAAUUAAAACAUUAAUUUCUAGUGCAACAUUCAGAUCAUGGUCAAAAUUAAGCACUGAUCAGCCUGAUUAGCACAUCAGGCUGAUGAGUAAUGUUGUGGGACAUAUUUGCUUAGGCCAAGCAAAGCAAAUAUGAGGAUCAUUUACAUCCCACAGCCUAUCUGAGUAUUGUUGCCGACCAUUCCUUGAUGAUCAAAUCUUCUGAGGGCUCCUUCCAGCAGGAUAUCACGCCAGUUGGUAAAGCUUUAAUCAUCUCAAACUAGUUUUUGAUCACAACAAGUUGUUCACUGUACAGUCACCAGAUCCCAGUCCAGUAGAGUUCCUUGUGAUGUGGUGGAGCGGGACACUUGUGUCAUGGAUGUGCCACCAAAAAAUCUGCAGCAAUUGUGUGGUUGACAGAAUUAACAAUGCUAUGCUGAAUUUUUUCAUUUGAGGAGAUCGACUAAUAGAAGCCUAGUACAGCAGCAGCCUUUAUUGCUGCUCCUCCUGCUGCUUGUUUUCAGCAGAACCCAAGCUAAUUGUAUUAUAUUGUAAUUACCAGGAAGAAAAGCAAAACUUUAGUCUCAUCUCUACAGUUAUAACUCAUAUCAUUGCUUUUCUGUACCCCUGUUUAUAGCUUGUCUUUCUCACUCAUAUCUUUCUCAAGGCCUCUGAAAAUAUCCAUCAGUAAUUAUCCCUGUUUUAGACCUUUAUGUUCACUGCCUGAUUAUCAAAGUUGACCAAAUGUUAUUCAUUAUGUUCAGAUUUAUGCCUAAUGAGCAAAAUUAAAAUAAUACAAAAGUAUUCAAGCGAGUUUGAACCUGUUUAAAUCCUCCAUCCUCCACAGCCUGUCCAAUAUCCUCCAGGUUACAGAAACUAUAUGAAGGUCACUCACCUUCAUAUGGUUCAUAUGAUUCGCUCAUAUUCUAACAAUAUUGUUGUCUAUGUUUAAUUCUGGACAGAUUUUUUUCGUAGAUGGAACAAACGGUUUUAAGGAAUUUUAUUAACAGCCCUUUGGGGUACGAGGUGUUGAUUUGCAAAGCGGUUUACAUGCAGGUCAGGUAGCAGGCCCCCUUAGCACAGUUCUGCUCAUCGGAAAUAAUCCUAAAAGCAGCCAGAGGCAGCAAACUAAAGUCAACCCCUUUUAACAUUUUGGGAGAAUCUGAAUUACAGUCUGGUGAAUCGUAGACAGGUCUGUGUGAGUCAGCACUGGCGCUGAAAUAUGGAAAUAGUCUCAUGAUCAGAUCUCAUGUGUGCAGAAAAAGGGGCCCAUUUAACCUGUUUUUUAAAUAAUCAUCGGAAAGGGUUUUGAGGGAUCUUCUCUAUAUUUUGUGUAUUUUCUGUGGCAGUGUGAGAGCUGAGACAUGAAGGUCAAAGCAGCAGAAUCACUACGCUUUCGGUACCAUCACAGCUUUCUCUCCUGUGCCUGUAGCAUUGUGACCUGGUCGCUGAAGCUGCUUUCCUUCCUUUCGAGACUCCAAAACCUUUACUCAUUUCCACCAGGAGUUUUGUCAAAACUUCAAUUAAGAAGCACUGAACUUUUCCAGGUAAGUCGCCACCUUUAUUUCCCCCCACAGGCGUGCUUUGCUUCCCGUGUAGAACUUUUGUGCAUUGUGGGUGAAUUACAAUUCACAGUUCAGCACCUGAAGCUUUAAUAGGAAUUCUGUCUACUGCUCCACCUUUAGUGGCAUGACUUUUACAAAAAUGCAGGCAAGUAGAGCAGACUAAAGCAAACCACAUUGUGAUUUUCAACUGGACUCUCUUACCUUCAUCUCUCCUGUUCCACUCUGCUUGCACAGCUUCAUCUUUUGGCAGUCUCACCUGGCUGUGUCAAAACUUCUUCCUUUGAGCUGCCUGUGAGCAUGUCAAAUGCAUAAAAAGACUCCAUUCAAAACCUUACUUGAAUAAAAUUAUGUAAAUGUCACCGGCAACAUGUAUUUAAAAUAUCAUCAAUACUCUAUCACCACUCUGCAGCACAAAAAUAUCUUACCUGUCAGUCUUUCGGUGCUUUAAUCUAUAGAAAUGUACCGUAUUCUGUACAAAAUAUGUAUUAUUUCCCUUUGAGGUAUAAUUCAGAGGAAGUAUAGCCUAAAUUCACACAAAAUGGGAAAACUAAAGUAUUUGUACUCCAGUCACAACCUUGUAUUUUACUGUCUCGCUGUGCAUAUUACUGCAGAUCUGCAGAGUGCCUUAUGUCUUGAUUAUCAGAACAGAAACCAUAUAAAUAUGAGAGCUAAAAAGCACAGCAGAAUUAAAAUGCUCAGGUAUGAUGUGGCAUAGUUAACUAUAAGUUAUGUACAGGUAAUUGAUAAACUCAUAAACAUAAGAUAGAGUAAUUAACAAACUGAUCACUGGACUUCAGAGUUC